AGACCUUUCUAGAAAGUUUCAAGCUAUUUGAUACAAGUUUGGACUUUUCCGGCGUAGCUUCUCGUCUUACACGCAUCGGCAUAUCGGCAACGCAUCGGCCACCACCAAAUCCACCCCUGCACAGCAUCGAUCAAGUUUUUUUCUUCUCUUUCUAUUGCACCUACUGCAUAGUUUAAAUUUGGACGUGUCAGUGAUUACGCGGCCCCAGACAACAGACCCCUGCCGGCUUGCGUAGUCGUCUCCGCCGGCGCAUCGACAGCCGCGACUCCAUCACCGUAGCGAAGGGACGAGAUCGCAGGGGUUGUGUUGGUUGCGUUUUAUUUGCUGUCAGACAGCACCGCCUCUGCCGUUUCAAACGGGAAUAACACCCAAACUAUCGGUCGGUAUUCAGAAAUCCGGCCGCCGAGCUGUGCUGUGCGACCCCGAGUUUGGCUUUUGUUGCUGAUGCUUAUUCUGCCAAGGCCAUUCUAUAGCUAGUUUCAAUAGUCUUUUGAUCUAAAAACGCGACUAUUGACUCACACAGACACAGCUCGUUCUUUUAGUCUCGUUCAUUUUUUUUGAUUUUUUGUUAGGGGCGCUAUGCAGCGCAUACCGGAUUUGGGUACCAAUUCGAACGGGAUUCGCAGCCAAACAGGGCUACCAAGUCCGGUCCAGUGCGCCCGUAGCCUAUCAAAGCAACCCGCCGUAGGGAGAGGGAGACGAGGCUACGCAAGCUCAGCCACUAGUCGCAGCGGCGCAUGGGGCAGCGCCAGUACGAAUCGGGUGGGCUCAUCGAGGAUUUGCAGCGUAGGCGUUGCCUAGUUGGGCAUCUUAUGCCGCAGGGUCGAGAUGACGUUGCGCCUAAGCGCAGGGGGUUGUGUCUUUGGUGUUGGUGAUGGAGCGAGCAGAUGCGACAGUCGAGGAGUAUAUUUGAUGCAGCCGUGUCCCUCUUCCUGUCGGGAUGUUGGAACGGAAUUCACACCUUGUACAUUUCUUGUUUCAACAAAAAGCAGUUUGUCUUUUUUGCUACAUCUACGACUACUACAACUACUAGCACCGACACCAGCAUCACCACUACUACUACACCAUACUCUAGAUACUCUACUCUUGUAUACGACACCAGCUCUAAAAAAAGAAGAACAAAACAGUCACAAUGGGUUUCUUUGACGACGAUGACGAUAGUGGCGACAAGUGCCCUUACUACGAUCUCAACGAGGUCGCCAAGAGCAACUUUAUCGCAGGCAUGAAAUUCAAACAAUUCAACGAGAUCCUCGCCGGCGCAUGCACCGCACUCGCCUGUCUCAUUGCCUUUAUUCACCUCUUCCGCCAUGCCACCCAUCUCUCCGUCCCUCGCCAGCAAAUCAAAGUCAUGAGAGUCAUCUCGCUGGUACCCCUCUACGCCAUCACCAACAUCCUCUGUGUCGCAUUCCCUCCCGCCGCCGUCUACAUCCUCCCCGUCCUCGAUGUUCUCUCGUCCUUUUGCCUCGCCUCGUACUUUAUGCUUCUCUGCGAAUACAUCUCGCCGCACUCCGAGGGCCACGACGCCUUCUUUGCCCGUCUCGAGAUUGAGGACAAAAAGGCCCCUGACGGCAAGGUCCAGGACAACGUCAAGUGGUUCAAGCAACGCACCUUUAUGAUUAUGCAGUACCCCGUUGUGGCGCUGCUCAUUCUCAUUGCCACGGCUAUUACCCAGGCUAUCAAAAUUUACUGCCAGUUUGACAGCAAGACUAACUACGCCAAGCUCUACCUCAGCAUUGUCCAGGCCAUCACGUCCGGUAUGGGCAUCGCCUCGGUCGUCCUCGUCGCCGUCAACGUCAAGAAGCAAAUGCCCGGCCUCAAGCCCAUCCACAAGCUCGUCGCCAUCAAGCUGGUCGUCGGUCUCGCCUUUUUGCAGCAGAUUCUCUUCUGGAUCCUGCAGAGUGUCAAGGCACUCAAGCCCACCGACAAGCUGACCUACGGCGAUCUGCACAUCGGCAUCCCUUCGCUGCUCAGCUGCAUCGAAAUGGUCCCCAUCUCCCUCGUCAUCAUGUGGGCGUACCCUGUCGGCCCUUACCAUCUCAAGUCGUCUAAUGCCCGCCGUGCCGAGCGUGGUGAGGAGCACGAAUACACUCCCUCGUCCUACCAGGGCGGUCCUCUCGGCAUCCACGCCUUCCUGUCGCUGCUCAACCCUUCGGACGUCAUCAAGGCCAUCUUUGUCGCCUUCGGCCAUGCUAUUAGCCAGGGAAGCAGCAAGCUUGGUGACCGAGUAAGCGACCGAGUCAACCAGAACUCGUCCAACUUUUACAACAGCAACAACAACAACACUACUCAGUACAACAACAACUACAACGCUCAGCAGCCCCAGUAUCAGCAACAGCAGCCUGCUUACGGACAGAGUGGUCGUCCCCAGUACAACCAGAACCAGUACCAGUACCAACAGCAGCAGCAGCCGCAGCGCCAAAACAAUAACUAUGGAACCCGUGCUGGCGCGAGAAGUUACCGCAACCAGGGCUACGCCCGUGCUGACUCCCGCUCGCCUCAGGGCCACUACAACCAGAGCUACGAGAUGGGCCGUCGUUAAACGAGUAAAAUAUAUCCCUUGAUUUUUUUGUCUUUUCAUUUCAUGUAUUACGGUCUGUCGGUCUACGGAGAAGCAAUUUUUGGUUAUUAUUGCACGGCGUCCACUGCGUUUUUGUUUUGGUAUAGAUUAGAAUGAACCAGCCCAGUUUGUUAUGAAGGCAAGCAUUUAGAAGAGAGAGAGAAAUACCUUUGAAAAAUAUGCAGAUAAUGCAUUCUACGAAUAUUCACGUCUACAUCCUAUCCAAUAUUUUUGCUUGUU